AUGGAAUCAGAGCCGUCCGUGUUUAAAACGUGUGAUUUAGAUGUUAUAUUUGGGCCUCAUGGGCUUGUUGUCAAUGGUUGUGCUAAACCGCAAAUCUAA